ACCUCUCUUCAGUACGUUGUCUCUGUCCACCAAAUAGGGCGCCGCUCCCCUCUGGUCGAGCUGCCCUCGUUCCUGGGCCGCACAGAGUCAGGCGCCGUGGGAAGGAGCAAGGAAUCCCACGACUGGCUGAGACCCGUGAAGGUGGGAGGUGGCUAACCCCAACCUCACACCCCGCCAUGCGGGUGGGGUGGGGGGCAGAUGGGACGGAGAGCCGGCAGCGUCAGUGUUUUCCACCUCGAACGAUGGGAGGCACAUCCUCUCGUUGGCCGUGUCCUCUGAACUCUGCCCGUGCCGUGUGCGUAGAGACAGCGCAGUAAGGGCUUCGGCUGAAGAGUGGCAGAGGGGACAGUCCUCACCAUUGUCUGACCACACGCCGGUGCUCACGUUCCCCACCUUGCUGUCCUCCUACCUGCCUGACCUGCAGAAGACCUGUCACCCCGCCAUGCCUGGGUCAUUGUCCACCUUGUCCAUGAGAUCCUCCCGCACAGAAGCAUCUCCCAAUAGGGACCGAACUACCUGCGGAAAUACUACCACCUGAGGACUGGAACCAGCAAGCCCGGCAGGCAGAGGAGCAGCAGUCUGGUGACUGAGAAGCUGAAGCAGAUGCAGGCGUUCUAUGGGCUAAAGGUGACGGGGAAGGUGGACGCCGACACCCUGGCUUUGAUGAGGCAGCCCCGAUGUGGGGUGCCCGACGUGGCUCCAUACGCCCUCGGUGAGAAGACCCUCCGCUGGGAGCACACCCACCUGACCUACAGGCUUGAAAAUUACACACCAGAUUUGCUGAGAGCAGACGUGGACAGAGUGAUUGACAGAGCCUUUCAGCUCUGGAGUAAUGCCUCUGCCCUGACCUUCACCAGGGUCUUUGAGGGCCAAGCGGACAUAAUGAUAUCCUUUGUCAGGGGAGAUCACAACGACAACAACCCCUUCGGCGGACCUGAAAACAUUAUUGCUCACGCCUUCCCACCGGGAGAAGGCAUUGGAGGAGAUGUUCAUUUUGAUGAAGAGAAAAGAUGGACCAAGGAUUUCAGAGAUUUCAACUUGUACCACGUCGCAGCACAUGAAGUGGGCCAUUCCCUCGGACUGUUGCACGACGGUGACAUUGAGUCCCUGAUGUUCUCCAGCUACAACUACUAUGGGGAUAAUCUGCUGACUCAGAGGGACAUCGAUGCCAUUCAGGCCCUCUACGGACCUUCCAAAAAUCCCAUCCAGCCAAGAGAACGUCAAGUACCACAAGCCUGUGAAAGCAAGUUAACAUUUGAUGCUAUUACCGAAAUUCGUGGAGAAUUGUACUUCUUUAAAAACAGGUUCUUCCUACGCACAAGACCCUUCUACAAAACAGGGGAGCUCGGUGCCAUCACUGACUUCUGGGUCCCGCUGUCAAGAGGAAUUGACGCUGCUUACGAGGUUGCUAGCAGAGACGAAGUCUUCUUUUUUAAAGAUAGUAAAGUCUGGGCCUUCAAUGCAGUUAAGAUGAGGCGAGGCUACCCCAAGGACAUUUACCACUCCCUGGGCUUCCCGCACACAGUGAAGAGCAUCGAUGCUGCUGUUCACGAAGAGGAGACCGGGAAGACGUACUUCUUUGUCGCCAGCAAGUACUGGAGGUAUGAUGAAAACACACGGUCUAUGGAUACAGGUUUUCCCAAAGAAAUAGCUCAUGGGUUUCCUGGAAUCGGCAAAAAAGUUGACGCUGUCUUCCAAGAAAGAGGAUUUUUCUAUUUCUUUCGUGGAAAAAGACAGUACAAAUUUGAUCCUCACACAAAGCGAAUUUUGACUAUCCUGAAUAUCAACAGCUGGUUCAACUGUAGAAAUAAAUGAAGCCUGACUCUCCCCAAGGAGAAAAGAAAAAGCAAUACUCCUCAUGAGCUCCGGGGAGGUGCUUUCCUUCAGCGCUUGACAUUCACCUCUCGGCAAUGCAGAGACGCGGACGCUCUGGCGCCAUCUUGUUAAAGCUCGGCCUGGCCGCAGCCUGCGUUCCUGAGACGGCCUGGCCUCCCGGACUCUCACUAUUUAGCUAGCAUUAAGGGAGUGCUGAGGUCAUAGUCUAUCCUCGGGCUUCCACAGUGGAAAGCUUUCUGUCCCUAUUCUCUGCUGUUUGAAGGGAUUAGACGUCUCAUAAUAACCACCUCCUCAAAUGUUCUGUCUCUGAGUAGGGGAAUUCACAGUGCAAGUGCGUGGGAAGGUAGCACGUACGGAAUUUCUAGCACUUCCCAUGGCAUACGCGUUACGGGACAGGAAGCGGCUGGUUACUGACCUUCUCUUAUUUCCAUUUCAAACUAGGCCUUUAAGUCAAAUAGUGGAAGGGACUGGGGUGCCUGGCCGGUUCCGUUGGUGGAGUGCAAGACUCUGGGUCUUUGGGUUGUGAGUUCAAGCUCCGUGUCGGGCGCAGAGCUUACUUUAAAAAAGAAAAAGAAAAAAUAAAAAUGAGCCACUUAAAAAAAAAUGAUGAUGAUAAUGGAAGAGACUUAUUGAGGUUUGGCUAGGUCCUGGUGGGAGCACCGGGUGAAAACUUCUCAGCUGUUCUCCGGGCUAGCUCCAUCAAGUUUGGAGCUCAUCCCUGAAGAUCAGCCUGAUGGUCUUGUCCCCCAGGGAGUUUCCCUCCAGAACACCCGGGGGUUCCAGGCUGUGUUGUGCAGGCAGACGUUUACAGGGCCUCGCUCAUGCUGCUGAGGUAGAAUGACUGUGAGGCAAAUCGUCUCUUUGGCUCAUACUUAUCAUGUCUCAUGGGUUUUCUGGUGGAGCUCUGGGGUUAAGAGUCCCUUGAUUUUAGAGUGAAUGAUUUGUGUACUGUGUGUUGUUGACUAUUAUUUUUAUUCUGUUUGCCAUGAGAAUAAAUGCACGCUGAGAAGCUCUGGGCAAGAUGCCAAGUCAGGUGUGUGAGCUCCUUCCUUUGAACCAAAGCCACAGAAAGAGAGCAUGUUCCUUCAGUGUGUAUGGAGAAGCCGAGUCACCGUCCCGUUGACACUGCAGAGACCACACGGCUGCCUAUAUCACUGGCACCUGGUCCACACAGUACUGAAGUCUGGCCAAGAAGCAGGAUGAGAGGAAUAACAAUGGCAAAGAAGGCGCUUUGGAUUCAUCAGCAAAAUAUCAAGAGCUGUGUUUGUGGGGAUUUCCGCUCAGGGAAGACAGACAAAGAGUAAAUACAAUCAACAGAGCAUGCGGGAAGACGGCGACGUUCCGGGGACGCACCCAGGCAAACGGUGAUGCGUCCGGACUUUGGGGUGCAUCCCCACCCCCCAUAGGCGGUACAGCUGCCCUCCUCUGUCCCCUGAACUCCCUGAGAAGCUGCUCAGCAGGGACAAAGUUCCGUGGGCUGGUGCGCGGUCCUGUGGCCUCCGGAUGGGUCUGAGCCACGGUGGGACACGCCAUGCAGGAAGCCCGUUCGACCACAUGUGGCCUGUCCGUCACCUUAUAAAACUGUGACUCAUGAUGGGACAUUAAGAAGGUGAAUUUAAGGGCAUGGAGGACGACCCUGAUGUGGAGGGACUCCGGCCCUUCGGGGAGCUUUCUCCGUCUGUGUUCUCGCCUGGGCAAGCCGCACCCAAGGAGUGCUGGCUGGUGAUGCCAAGGGGUCCCUCGAAGCUGCCUCGUUCCCUCCUGGCCGGUGGCCCGCGUGGUUUCUGCUCCGUAGGCCGCUGGCCACGCAGCUGCCCUGUGGACCCCGAGCGCCCCCUCCUGGCCUCGCAUGGCCCAGCCCAGCACCCGCUCAGCGCUGGGCAGGUCCCCAUCUCCCAGGACGUGGGUCACACCACUCGCCUGCCAGCCCAGCCUCGGGGCGUCUGAGUUGACACAGGAACACCAGUCCCGGACACUUCACCUGUAUCCAGGAACGAGCUUUCAUCCCUACGAACACCUGCACGGAGACAUAAAAACGCUGACGGUGUUCGCCUCCACGGGGCAUCCCAUUCCCUUGUCAUCCUUCUGGGUGUUUGAAAUUGCUCUUUUUCACAGAAACGUGUGCAGGGCUGUAUUACUAGACUCUCACAUGACGUCUAAAGUAAGUCCUCGGAGGAGCACGUCGGUUUAUGAACUACUUGUCAUCCGCUGUCUCGGCGGAGCCCACGCCCUCCCGCGAGAGGGUCUCACAGCCACCGUCCAGCCGCUGGCCUACACCGCACGGGCUGUGGGCUGGGCACUUCCCAUGCCUGCCUCCCAGCGUCCCUGGGACGUGGGUACUGCUGUCCCCGCCGGGGCACUCGGGGAGACCGAGGUGUCAGGGGUGUGUGCCGGACCUCACAGCAGCGCGGUUCCUCGGGGAUGUACGCCUGCAGCGCGGAGGCCGUGGAGCUUGUCCAGGGUCAAGGGAGGAGCACAGAGGGUGACAGGUCCAGCCCAGGGCUCCAGACGUCAACCCCACGUGCGAAAGAGAAAGUGGCCGCCUGUGACCGCAGCCUUCUCAGGCUUCUCCGUCCCCAUGUCCUCGGCAAUCGCACUUGGGAAUCCGGGAGAAAGAUGACCUAGAAUAGUCCUCCGGUGACCUCAGCGUGAUGUUUAAAGCAGCAGCUCCUUGGGUGAAAGGUCAACCCCAGGCUGUGACCUUGUUGAGCUUUAAUGGAGACGGCUUCAGGUUAGAGUUACGAUAUAGGCCCCCCUAUCUCCUUACCUGACAUGCCUGUUGGCUGUGUGACCUUGGAUCAUUCACUUGACCUCUCUGAUCCUGUUCCUGCUUCAGACUCAGGAGACUUCCUGAAAGGGACUUCACAAAGGCACUUAGGACCACACCCGACUUACACCGGGUGUUGAGUAAAUAGUCCAGCAAUACCUGCUGGUGCUGAUAGUCAGAACGGGGACCACAGCAUGUGCAGGUAGCCCCGGGAUUCUGGAACAGGCAGACCGCAGACCCUCCGCACAUGUCCGGACCACCCUCUCCCUUCCCACCGAGAAUGACUGCCAGUCAUAGGCAGAGUAAGGACCCGGGGACCUCGUCCUACUCCCCGCAGCCUGUGAAUAGUUACUUCAUGGGGCAAAGGAGCCUGGGCAGGUGCAAUGGAGGUGGAGGACGCUGAGAGCAGAAGGGUGAUGCAGGUGCAGCCAAUGCAAUUGCACGAGCCCCGGCACGCGCAGGACGCCGCUGAUGGGAGACGGGGAGAUGCGACGGGAGACAACCUUCGCUGGCUUUGUCGCUAGAGGAGGGGCCGCAGCCCAGGCACGCCGGCCCCCCAGAAGCUGGAGACAGCAAGGAGCUGGUUCUCCCCCCAGAGCCUGGAGCGGGGCGCAGAGUCGUUGGGAACCUCAACUUCCGCUGGGGAGACCCAUACCCGACGUCCGCCUGCAGAACUGUGAGCCACCUCGUCCCAGCAGCCGCAGGAGGCUCAGGCCCAGGGCUGGCCAGCCACAGGGUGUAUGGCCUGUUUUUGUGGUAUUUCAGGUUAAAAAUAGAAGCCAGUUGGGAAGUGCUGGCGAGGCGAGAAAGAGCAGGGCCCGGUGGACUGUGCGGUGAGUGGCACGAACCCCUCGGAGGACGGCUUGGAGCCGGCGGGGCAGCACGAUGAGCCCCGGCUGCUGUGCACGGGGGGGG